AUAUUUUAGAGUUUAAACAUCUCUGACUCUCUCUAGUACGCACCUCCAUCUCUGCUGCCUUCGUUCAUAUGGAGAUGAUUCCGAUUCAAACAAAGCUUUCUUAAUUCGCAGAUAAUAAAAGAAUCUCCACCAUAAGUCCAAAAUUCUCAUUUUCUUCAUAUGUUUAUCUUCUAAUUGUCUCCGGAAUCUGGACACCACCAGUGACAUCAUCCCUACGCGUCGCCGGAACUCCGCCGGCUGUCGUCCAUCUCCGGUUUACUACGACUUGGAGUGGCAGGUAGAUUUUGGUGAACAGAUGGUGUGUGUUUGCUUGGUGAACAGAAUAGUUUGUCGUUUUCUAUAGAGAGCACAUGGAAAAUCAUGUACUAAUUGCGAUUGGACUGAACUUGCAAGAACUCAAAACUGCCUCAGUUGAAGGUUCCCCUUCACCAGAUGUUAAGUUACUGCUUUGAAAAAGAAUGUUUUGUGGCGCACGCUUGAAUCGCUACUGAAGGCUACAUAAAUAAACUGUUGAGACCAAGCGUGAGUUGUGAUGUCACAGACUUGAACUGUGACUGAAGGUUGAUUUCAAUGGAAUCAGUACAUAGGCAAACCAUUGAGAGCAUAAUUGCAGUUUCCAAUACUUCUGGGGAGGAGAAAUGUGAAAGCUACUUGCUUUUCCAUGGAGAAACUGCUCUGGGGGAAGCAUUUAGGGCCUUUUUAUAUUUCUUUGGUCUUGCUUACUGUUUCAUUGGAUUAUCAGCCAUAACGUCUCGUUUUUUUCGGUCUAUGGAAAAUGUUGUGAAGCAUUCCCGAAAGGUGAUAGAGAUAGAUCCUUGCACUAAUGCUCAAGUUAUUAGAUAUGAAAAGGUGUGGAAUUACACAAUUGCAGACAUUACCCUGCUGGCUUUUGGUACUAGUUUCCCUCAAAUAUCGCUAGCUACUAUUGAUGCUAUACAAAAUCUUGGUCAGCCAUACGCGGGAGGUUUGGGUCCUGGAACACUUGUUGGUUCUGCUGCAUUUGACCUAUUCGCCAUCCAUGCUGUUUGUGUUGUGGUUCCAAGAGCUGGUGAAUUGAAAAAGAUAUCUGAUAUAGGAGUAUGGCUGGUGGAGCUCUUUUGGUCCUUUUGGGCUUAUGUUUGGCUAUACAUAAUAUUAGAGAUAUGGACUCCAAAUGUCAUUACCCUUUGGGAGGCAUUAUUGACUGUACUGCAGUUUGGAUUAUUACUGAUACAUGCUUAUGCCCAAGAUAAGCGUUGGCCCUACUUAUCUUUUCCCUUUGCAAGAACCGAGAGGCCACAGGAAUGGGUGCCAGAAGAGGAAACUUCACCUAUACCUGAAACCGUUGUCCAUGGUGAUUGCUCUGAGAUAUUUCAACACGGGAAAGGUGGAAACAGGGAUCCUGUUGAUAUUUUCUCCAUCCAUUCAAACAUUGAAUCAGGUCCAGUGUAUGAAAAGGUGCCUGUAAAUGAUGAUGAAGCUGAAUCCUCAAACAAAGAUUGUCACAAGGGGCCAUCAGAAAAUCUUCAUGUACUGACACUUUGGAAAGAGCAGUUUGAGGAGGCAUUCAAGUUGGAAAGCCAGGAAUCAAGGAAAUUGGAUAAUAUCUACCUACGGAUUGGAAGAAUUCUUUGGCAAUUACUUCUCGCACCAUGGAGAUUUCUAUUUGCCUUUGUGCCUCCAUAUCACAUCGCUCAUGGUUGGAUUGCCUUUAUUUGUUCUCUAUUAUGGAUCAGUGGGAUAGCCUACAUUGUAACGAAGCUCACAGAUAUCAUAAGUUGUGUUACAGGAAUAAAUGCUUACAUCAUAGCUUUUACGGCAUUGGCAAGUGGAACAUCUUGGCCAGAUUUGGUGGCAAGUAAGAUUGCUGCUGAACGGCAGACAACAGCAGACUCUGCUAUCGCAAACAUCACGUGCAGCAAUUCAGUGAAUAUAUACAUCGGCAUUGGCAUUCCAUGGCUGAUUGACACUGCAUACAAUUUCUUCAUGUAUAGAGAACCACUGCGAAUUGAAAACGCCGGGGGGCUCAGCUUCUCAUUGCUUGUUUUCUUCUCAACUUCUGUAGGCUGUAUAUCGGUUCUUGUCCUCAGGCGUUUAACUCUGGGAGCAGAGCUUGGGGGACCAAGAGUAUGGGCCUGGGUGACUUGUGUCUACUUCAUGCUGCUUUGGGUCAUUUUUGUUGUGCUAUCCUCUCUCAGAGUUUCUGGCAUCAUAUGAGAUUCUUCUUAUUAUGUUUUCUCACCACUUAGUCAUUUACCUAUUCUGAUAACAUGAUUGUGUUUUUUUUGAAGAAAUCUUCAUCUGUAUUACCAUUCCAUAGCAUGAACAACCAUCUAUCACAGUUUUACGAUAGCAUUCGAAUAUUGUGCAGACUGAUA